AGCCAAGGGCAACCCCCACUCUCUCUCAUUCUAAGUCGGCAGACGAGAUCUUCGGCCAUUUUUGCUUCGGUCUCAGAUUGUCGGACAAGGGCAGGUCGGCUUUCUUUCUCGUCGGACAAGCCCAAGCUGCCAUUUUCUUCGCUGGCCGCUGCUCUUUCCUUCUCUUCAAACUUCUCUCAGGUCGGUCAGCUUUCUUCCUCCGGUGCCGCCCCCAGUUCUUCAACCAGUAAAGGCUACACCAGGAUUUUCCUCUCUUUGUUGAGCUGCUACCAUGGUUAUAGACAGUGGCAGCCAGGACCAGUCCCAUAAGGCUCAUCGGUCUCGUCAAGCAGGUCCAAAGAAGAAGGCGAAAUCAGAUAAGAAGAAGAAGCUCUCAACCGAGGAAAAGAAGCAAAACCCUAAGGCAUUUGCCUUUACUUCAACAGUGAAAGCUAAGCGUUUGCAGUCUCGAGCUGUAGAGAAGGAGCAGCGUAGACUUCAUUUGCCGACUAUUGAUCGGGCUUAUGGUGAACCACCUCCUUUUGUUGUUGUUGUGCAUGGACCGCCCCAGGUUGGCAAGUCUCUAUUGAUAAAAUGUCUUGUAAAGCAUUAUACGAAGCAAAAUUUACCUGAGGUUCGAGGACCAAUUACCAUUGUGUCAGGUAAGCAAAGGCGGGUUCAGUUUGUUGAGUGCCCUAAUGACAUCAAUGGCAUGAUUGAUGCUGCAAAAUAUGCUGAUCUAGCUUUGUUGUUGAUAGAUGGAAGCUAUGGCUUUGAAAUGGAGACUUUUGAAUUUCUUAAUAUUUUGCAAGUUCAUGGAUUCCCAAAGGUCAUGGGAGUCCUUACUCACCUUGAUAAAUUCAAGGAUGUGAAAAAACUUAAGAAAACAAAGCAGAGACUCAAGCAUCGUUUCUGGACAGAAAUAUAUGAUGGGGCAAAAUUGUUCUAUUUGUCUGGUCUUAUUCAUGGGAAGUACUCUAAGCGAGAGAUUCACAAUCUUGCUCGCUUUAUUUCUGUUAUGAAGUUUCAUCCGUUAUCGUGGCGAACUGCUCACCCAUAUAUUUUAGUAGAUCGCUUUGAAGAUGUGACUCCUUCUGAACGAGUGCAUAUGGACAAUAAAUGUGACAGGAAUGUCACACUUUACGGUUAUUUGCGGGGUUGUAAUUUGAAAAAGGGGACUAAGGUGCAUAUUGCUGGUGUUGGUGAUUAUAGUUUGGCUGGUAUUACAGCUUUGGCUGACCCUUGUCCUUUACCAUCAGCUGCGAAAAAGAAAGGAUUGAGAGACAAGGAAAAACUGUUUUAUGCUCCCAUGUCUGGCCUUGGGGAUCUGCUGUAUGACAAGGAUGCUGUGUACAUAAACAUAAAUGACCACUUUGUUCAGUUCUCUAAAGUUGAUGAUGAAAAUGGGGGAACAAAACGCAAAGGAAAGGAGCAAGAUGUAGGUGAGGUUUUGGUGAAAUCACUACAGAACACAAAAUAUUCAAUUGAUGAGAAAUUGGAGAAUAGCUUCAUUACCCUUUUCAGCAGGAAUCCUAUUAUUGCAUCUGAUACUCAGAAUUAUGUAAGUGAUAGUUACGAGGAGCAGAGACGUGAUAUAGAUCCUCUUAAGCAGAAUGAGCUUGAGGAUCAAAUUGAACCAGGUGGGUCUAGAGAAGAAAGUGAUACUGAAGAUUCGGAUGGUUCAGAGUCUUCUGAUCACAAUGAAGUGGCUCAAAGGGAUGCCAUGGUAAAUGGGGAAGAUGGAGUAUCUGAUGAUGAGUGUGGUGGUGAUGCAUCAAAUCAUCAAGCUAAUCUUAAAGACUGCUUGAAGGAACAUGCUGAGUUUUAUGGUGGAAGACUCCGGAGAAAAGCUAUGUUUGGGGAUGACAUGGAUGACAAGGAUCUAGAGGAGUCUGAUGACGAGAGUGAAGAUGAUGAUGAGGAUAAUCAAUCAUAUUCUGAUUCAGAUGUUUCGGAGGAAGAUGGAGAGGAUAAUGGAACAGAUGAAGAUGGCCUGGGCAAUGUAUCAAAGUGGAAAGAGUCAUUGGUUGAAAGGACUGUCUCAAGAAAAAAUAUUAAUCUCAUGCAACUUGUGUAUGGGACUUCUGCAUCGACAACUGCCAUAAAUGAAAAGCGGGAGAGUAUUGAUGAUGAGGAAAGUGAUGGAGAUGACUUCUUUAAGCUAAAAGGGGAAGGCAAUAAGAAAUUGAAAGAGGGAUUGGAUGGUACAGACAUCAACACUGAGGACUGCUCCAAAUUUACAAAUUAUGCGGAUCUUAAAAAUUGGAAAGAAGAAGAGAUAUAUGAAAGUAUUCGUGAUCGUUUUGUCACUGGUGACUGGUCAAAAGCUGCCCAAAGAAAUCAACCCUCCAAGGCAAACACUGAAGAAGAUGAUGUCUAUGGUGACUUUGAAGAUUUGGAAACAGGUGAUAGAUAUGAGAGCCAUCAUAAAGAUGAAUCUGGCAGUCAUCCUGUCAAGAUGGAAGAUGAUCUUGCAGCAGAGGAGCGGAGACUUAAAAAGCUGGCACUUCGUGCUAAAUUUGAUGCUCAGUAUAAUGGAUCUGAGCCACCUGAGGAAGAUGAUGAGAAACAAGGAGCCCAGGUUCAUCGUGAACAAGCCAAUGAAAGUGGAUUUUUCGACAAGUUGAAGGAGGAGAUUGAACUCCGUAAAAAAAGGAAUAUUGCUGAACUCAAUGACCUAGACGAGGAAACUCGAUUAGACAUUGAGGGCUUCCAUACUGGGAUGUAUCUAAGAUUAGAGGUUCAUGAUGUUCCUUUCGAGAUGGUUGAACAUUUUGAUCCCUGCCAUCCAAUCCUGGUUGGAGGAAUUGGUUUUGGUGAGGAAAAUGUUGGAUACAUGCAGACAAGGUUAAAACGGCACAGAUGGCACAGGAAGGUACUAAAGACUAGAGACCCUAUAAUUGUGUCUAUUGGUUGGAGGCGUUACCAAACUACACCUGUCUAUGCAAUUGAAGAUCAAAAUGGAAGGCAUCGCAUGCUCAAGUACACUCCAGAACACAUGCAUUGUCUUGCCAUGUUCUGGGGUCCUCUUGCCCCUCCCCACACCGGGGUGGUUGCUGUCCAGAAUUUAUCUAACAUUCAGGCAGCAUUUCGAAUAACUGCAACUGCAGUUGUACUCGAGUUCAAUCAUGCAGCAAAGAUAAUGAAGAAAGUCAAGCUAGUUGGUUAUCCAUGUAAGAUAUUCAAGAAGACUGCACUGAUCACAAAUAUGUUUACUUCUGAUCUUGAAGUAGCUCGGUUUGAAGGUGCUGCUAUUCGAACUGUCAGUGGGAUACGGGGGCAGGUGAAAAAGGCUGCAAAAGAUGAAAUAGGUAAUCAGCCCAGAAAGAAGGGAGGGGCACCAAGAGAGGGAAUUGCCCGGUGCACCUUUGAGGACAGGAUUUUGAUGAGUGACAUUGUUUUUCUGCGUGCAUGGACUCAAGUUGAAGUUCCUCAGUUCUAUAACCCAUUGACUACUUCAUUGCAACCUCGUGGUAAGACCUGGCAGGGAAUGAAAACGGUGGCUGAAUUAAGGAGGGAACACAAUCUCCCUGUUCCUGCUAACAAGGAUUCACAGUACAAGCCUAUUGAAAGAAAGCCAAAGAAGUUCAACCCAUUGGUGAUACCUAAGUCAUUACAGGCAGCACUUCCAUUUGAAUCCAAACCAAAGGAUAUACCCAGUCAGAAACGGCCUCUUCUUGAAAAUAGAAGAGCCGUUGUCAUGGAUUCUCGAGAGCGAAAACUUCAUAGUCUUGUUCAACACCUUCAAAGGAUCAGACAUGAGAAGAUGAAGAAGCGAAAGCUUAGGGAAGAGCAGAAGAGAAAAGAAUACGAAGCAGAGAAAGCCAAGGACGAGCAAUUGUCAAGAAAGCGCCAGAGAGAAGAACGGCGUGAGAGAUAUCGUGUGCAGGACAAAUUGAAGAAAAAAAUGCGCAGAAAUUCAGAGGCCUAAUGAUAGCCGAUUAGAAUGGUUCGCUGAAUCCCCCAUUCAUCUGGUAUGAGGUGCACAGUUGAUAUCUCAAAAUGACAUUGCUGCAAGUUUGCAACGCUAGGCACUCUGACCAUCUUGAAUGGUAAGAUCUUACUCCCAAUAGCGCAAAGCCACCAACCAUACAUUGCUUCCAUGAGGAUUCACAUCUCUUGUAAUUUAGAUCAUCAUCCAACAUUUCUGAGCUAUUGUCCAUUUCUUUCAAGUACUGAAACUUCGUUUAGACUGAGGAUAUGAAGAGUGAUUUGGUUCUGUUUAGGGUUUUCAAGUGUUGAAUUGGGCUUUGAGCAUCACACUUGAGCUGAGAGAAGUUGGUAUUUUGGGCUACUUCAUAUUAAAUUAAUCAAAGUUUUGUAAGAGUUAUAUUCUAGUUAGUACUUGAAAACUCUGUAUAUUUAUUUUAGAGGGGCAGUUAAUUUUGUUUUAAUUGAAACAUUUUCAUUGAAGCAUAAA